UCAGCCCCUUAGAAUAGAACAUUUUCUACAGCUUGAAGAAAUGCCAGAGAUGUACAAGUGGGGUUUGCUGGUUCUUUCCUCUUUCCAGCUUUUCCUGCUGGGUGCCAGUAAUGUCCAGGAACUGACAUAAUCUGUGGGAGGAAUUUUGGCAUGUCAAACUUUAAAGGUUCCCAAGUAAUGUCUGUAAAUUCUGUCAUCUUUGUCUUUAAGGAGGCUGAUAUUUCCUUGAGUCAGGAAACAAAACAGAAUAUUCAUAGAAAGGGGAAGUCAUUAUUGUCAUUAUUACAUUCUAUAUUUGCUCAUUUGCUCAUUUGCAUGUCAUGCACAUCCUACUUCCUGAAAAAGAAAAUGCUACAAAAAAAACACGUGUUUUUAUGUGAAACCUACAAGAAGAACAGCAGCAUGAACUCUGGAUGGGAGGCAGCACUGCCGACAGGGAAGAGCUAAGUAGCCUGGGGCACCCCUGUAGGCAUCCCAAGACUGGCAAGUUUGCAAGUUAUAUGUCUCUAAGCUGAAGGCUGUUACUCCAGGGUUGAAAUGGCCAUGCACAGAAGACUCAUUAUAGCAGUAUUAUUUUUGUGCCAUUGUGGGGUACUUAGUGCACUUUUUACUGUAAAAGCUGGCAAAUCCCACUACACUGCAGAAUAUGGAGGUAAAGUAAACAUGGAGUGUCAUUUCCAGGUGGGGAAAGGUACAAAGGCAGAUGAUGUGGAGGUCUAUUGGGAGUACAUUGCGGCAGAAGGUGGAAGGAAAGAAGUCAUCAAAUUAAUUAGAGGGACAGAGAACCUUUCAGCCCAGCAUGAAGACUACAGAGGGCGUGUUAGAAUUCUAAAGGAAGAACUGCAUAAGGGACAUGCAGUCCUGCAGAUCAGCAAUGUAGAGCUUACUGACUCAGGGCGCUAUAUUUGCAUUAUAUCAGCUCAAGGAUCUGACUACAAAUCUAUGGGUCUGACUGUGCAAGCUCAUUACAAAGAGAUAAAUAUCCGUGUCACAGACAUUAUGGCAUCCUCAGGAGACAUUGUGAAACAGAUUGAAUGCCAGUCUAUAGGGUAUCCAGAAGCUGAGGUCACAUGGGUCCAUGGAGAAAAGAACCUGAGUUCAUUGGUUAAUACCAGCUACACAGUGACUGCUGCUAAACUCUUCAAUGUCACCAGUGUAGUUAGGGUUUCCUCUAUAUCAAAUAACACAUUCACCUGCAUGUUUUGGAAUGAAGCCUUGCAAGAAGCAACAGUUCUGACUUUCACCAUACCAGUUUCAGGUAAAAGUCAGAGCACCAAUAAACGGAGCUUCCAGCUGUCUCUCACUGCUAUUGCUGUUGCUGCUGCACUAUGCAUAUUUGUUUGUGUUUAUAUAAAGAAACAUGAUUUAGAAAAUACAUAACAUAAACCUAAUAACCAGUGUAGCAGCUGGAGAGACAGUUUGCAUGGCAUCCAAUGCAUAAAGCACAGUAAUGGCAAAGCUAAAGAAAACUUGUCCAGAAAUCAAGCACUUUACAAGCAUUUGCACUUCUAAUGAAACUUUGAGGACUUUUGGACUUUUAUUGUGCAUUCCCAUACCCAGUCCUAUUCAACAGGUGGCACUCCAGCAGCACCAGAGAGCAUCGCUGUAACAAACAAUACCUUUGGAUUAUCAGAAACCAGUUAAGCUAUAUCUUUUCAUUGUGUCAUUCCUAUGAAUGUUUCACUCUGAAUGAAGUUUCGCUCUCACAAGAUUUUAACAAUAUGGUUGGGCCUCUUUGGAACACCGUUUCUACAAGCUCUGAUGUCUUCCUUCAUCACAUUGGUUUAAUGGUGGCAGGGUUACUUUUGAACAGAAGCAUAAAAUAACCCCUGUGCAAAGAAUGCUGGUUGCUGGGGCCAUUUUUAUAAAUGUACUUGAAUUGUGAACUGAGAAGUUUCAGUGCCUUUAAAGGGUAAAUAAAACCUCCAGUAAAUUUUACUUUUCAUUCGCUUCCCAUAAAAGAUGUGCAUUAUUACUCCAGUUGUAUAUGCUAUAUAGUGCACAUAUUGUUGUAUAUGUAAGAAAGGCUGCUGUCUUUGGAGCAAAUUUAUUUGAGACGGUUCUUUAUAUUUUUUUAAACAAAUUGAGUGCAAUUUUAGAAUAUUUGCUGUCCAGACAUUUUAAUAUUUAAUAUAGUAAUAAAGGUUUAUUUUUGUAA